AUGGUAGCUAUCAAUUCAUUAAUAUUUGCUGCCAUCACAUUGGUGUCUUCAGCUCAAGCUACCAACACCUUGACAAUUUAUCACAAUAACAAAUUUGCUGUGCAAGCAUGUAAAGGUUUAAUUGGUAAAACUGCAGUUUUAUUCAACGAAACCACUGAUAAAGUUGGUUAUUGUAAUGUUAAAAAUCAACAAGCUUUGGGUACUAUGGCAGAAUGUAUUGAAUUAAUGCCUCACAAAGAUUCAAGAAAAGAAUUUUUGAAAACAUGUAAAAAAUUCAACCUUACUGAAGAAGAAUACUUAGCUUCUUGGAAAAAUGCUACUGAAUUUGGUUAUGUCAAUGUAACUGCUGAUCCUGAUUUUAAGAAGAAAAAAUUAUACUACAAACCAGUAUUGUUGAAGAAGAAGAAAGUUCACGCUGCUUGGGAUGCAGUAGCUACCAGAUGGUAUAAUUAUAAUUACGCACAAUGGUACGGUAUUGCAUUAUUUUCUUAUUGGUUUGUCGUUAUGUUUAUUGCUGGUAUUUGUAAUUUGACUUAUUUCCUUUUCCCUGGUUUUGUUAAAUCUUUGAAAGGAGGCAUUUCUAAUACUUUUAGAAAAUACAUCACUUUACCAGCAUUGUUUAAGAAAACCCAUGCUCACCAUAAAUCCAUUUUUGGAUUUUUCCAUGCUCUUUUGCCAACAAGAUUAGAAUCCAUUUUGGUUGCUGGUUGGUUUAUUAUGGCCUUGAUUAUGAAUUUGACCAAUUACGUUCAUGUCAAACCAAACUACAUUUGGCCACAAAAAAGUAAUGAAUUAGGAAGAAAAAUUGCUGAUAGAACCGGUCAAAUCUCUAUGUGGUUGAUGCCACCAUUGGUUUUGUUUGCUGGUAGAAACAAUUUUAUGCAAUGGGUUAGUGGUUGGCCAUACGCACGUUUUGUCUACAUUCAUAAAUGGAUCAGUCGUGUUGUAUUUAUGAUGAGUAUUGCUCAUGCUGUUGGUAUGACCUACAACGGUAAAGGUAUUGGUAAAUACGAAACAAGAAACGCCAAACCAUACGUUAGAUGGGGUUAUGUUGCUUUAGUUUCCAUGUCAUUAAUGAUUUUCCAAGGAUUGCUGUAUUUCAGAAGAACAAACUAUGAAGUUUUCCUUGGAGUCCAUAUUCUUUUAGCAGUAUUUGCCAUUGCUGGUACCUGGAUUCAUACUACUGAGCAAGGUUAUCAAAUGUGGAUGUAUGGUGCUGUUGCAGUUUGGGUUUUUGAUCGUGUUGUAAGAAUCGCCAGAUUGGCCGCUUUUGGUCUUAAAUCUGCUACGGUGCAAUUAAUUGCCAAUGAAACUGUCAAAGUCACUGUUUCUAGACCAAGCUGGUGGAAACCAUUCCCAGGUUGUCAUGCAUUUAUUCAUUUCAUGAGACCAACUUGUUUUUGGCAAUCACAUCCAUUCACUAUUGUUGAUUCCGUCACUGAAGCCAACACUAUUACUUUUUACAUUAAAGUUAAAGGUGGUAUGACUCAUGGUUUAUACCAAUACUUAGUCCAACAACCAGCUCAAACUGCUCAAAUCAAAGUAUCAAUUGAAGGUCCAUAUGGUAACAGAAUUGCAAUUGAUAGAUUUGAAAACACAGUUUUCAUUGCUGGUGGUAACGGUAUUCCUGGUAUUUACUAUGAAGCCACUGAUCUUGCCAAGGGAUUUUGUGACAGACGUAAUGUCAAAUUAUAUUGGGUUGUUCGUCAUUACCGUUCCUUAGAAUGGUUCUACCAAGAAUUGCUCAAGUUGAAAGAUUUACCAAUUAGUACCACUAUAUAUGUUACUCAACCUAAUGUUGGGUUAGCAGAACCAAUUACCACAGAAUUGACUGAUGAUGAAGAACAACAAGAACAAGAUCAAGAAAAAAAAUCUGACACUGAAGAAAAUAAUGAUUAUGUUGCUCAAGUUAAAAAAGAUUUAUCAUUUAUUGAAUUCAUUGAAACCAAACCUGAUUUCUACCAAAUUGUUGGUGAAGAAAUUAAACAACUGACAGGUCCUAUUGCAUUUGCUUCUUGUGCUCAUGGUAACAUGGUUGAUGAUGUCAGAAAAUCUGUUGUUGAUAAUUUGAGCAAUUCUAAUUACAGAGUUGAAUUGUUUGAACAAAUGCAAAACUGGUAA